AUGGACCUAAAGUACCCUGCGCCCCUUAACCACCCCAACAACCCCAACACGAACGCAGGCACAGCAGACUUCAGCUACAACUCCCCCAUCAGCGCCGCGCAAUACCCCUGCAAAGGCCACCACAAGCUCAUCGGCACGCCGGCCGGAAAGUCCGUGGCGACUUGGGCGGCGGGAUCGACGCAGAACUUCACACUCAGCGGCACGGCGGUGCACGGCGGCGGGAGCUGUCAGGCGUCCAUCAGCGAGGACGGGGGGAAGACGUUCCGGGUCGUGAGGAGUUAUGUGGGCGGGUGUCCGGCGGUUGGAAAGGCUUUCGAAUUCGUGGUGCCGAAGGAGACGAAGAGUGGGGUUGCCCUUUUCGCUUGGACUUGGUUCAAUAACCUUGGCAAUAGAGAAAUGUACAUGAACUGCGCGGCCGUUACCAUAUCCGAUGGUGGGAGCAAAGGUCUCUCGGACCUCCCCGAGAUAUUCCAGGUGAAUUUGGGGAGUGGGUGCGAGACGGUGCCAGGUAGUGAUGUGCUGUUUCCCGCCCCUGGAAAUGAUGCUGUCAUCGUCAACCCGGCGGCAACUGCGCCCAUCCCUCCCGGCUAUUUGGCAGUGCUAGGAAGGGGAUUGGGAGCGAGAGCACAAAAGAGAGGGAUCGGGAAUUCGUCGGCAGGCAUUAUGGCGGCUUCUACACCACAUCCUCAGUUAUUGGCCUCAGUGCCUUCGACCGAAUCAUCACCACCCCCUUCCCCGGUUCCGCUGGACGCUUCUGCUUCGAUAAAGCAAUCCAGCGGUGUCGAAUUUAAACAUCGAUUUCUACCUUUGCCUUUUCAUCGACCCCUUGCCGCAUCAACGUCCGAUCAUCCCAAUAUACCUGCCGCCGCCCCCGACCAGUCAGCUCGGCCACGUCUUCCGGGUCGACAGGAGACUCCACCCUCCCCUCCCAAUUCAGUUCUACUUGAUCAGUCCCCAACCUCUCCAUCUCAGCCCACGCUCGCGCAACCUAUUGCGGACCAUCCCUCCUCACCUCAGUCUAUCUCCGGAACGAAUGUGGAGGGGCCGGGAGUUACUGAGCAUCAAACGCCACCUCCGUCACUAAAGGACAGGCUUGCCCGGGCCUUCAAGGGUCACAAACGUGGGGAAUCCGAUGUCAGCAUGUCCACAAACAUCAAUCCUAGAGACGGUGCUUCAACAUCGAAUCAUCGUCAUAAUAAUUCCGGUUCGACUCUGGUCACUUCUGCUACCACCACAGCCCAAAAUAUCAGAGAUAACAACAACAACAGCACUAUUCUUCAAACUUUUGCAUCCAAGACUAACCUGGGCUUUUCUCCCACAAAACCAGACUUUUACACACACCAAUGGGCCUCACCCAUUCGUCCCAACAGUCAAAAUCACUAUACUUAUGGCCAUGGGGGCACAAAGCGGAGGAUUAUGAACGGGGGAGAAGUUCGUGUCGAGAUCCUGCCACGUCCGAGUGUGAUCGCAGAGAGAAGUACUCAUGAAGAGGGAGGGAAACCCGGUUUGUUUGAGGAAUACAAGGAACAGGGAGGUGGUGAUGCUUACAAGAGUCACGGUGUCGAUCACGUGAGAUGCGAUCAGCAUGAAGACGGAUACCUUUUCGAGGCACCGAAUCCCCUCCGCCAUGGCGGCCGACGUUCGCAGAACGACCUCGACGAUUACCUCCCACCGUUGAAUCUUAGUCUGGGAACUAUGGGGGACUCUUCACCACGCAGCCGAACGGCGACCAGUCUCGAGACCGUGCUCUCCGGCGACAGUGAUUCUUCGGGCGGUAGCCGGGAGCGUAGGUUUGUCGAAGAAUCGACAGCCUCUUUUAACUUCGAGGACUUGCGCGCGGGGUCUGAGAAUGAUAAUUACUUUGCUGGGUUUCCGAGUCCUAAUCCCGACAGUGGCUCUGCGCUCACGGGCCUCUGCGGUUCCAGCGGUAUGGCAAGUAGUGGGGUCUUGGCUUCCCUGAGCCAGGGAGACCUUAGUACACAAGCAAGGAGUAAUUCAUCACUCGGGGGCUACACUACGGGUAAGAGUAGUAGUGGUGCUGUGGGUAGAUCGAGUAGUUCUCACCUUCUAGCUCUCCAGAGGGGCCAAGUGCCCGGCUCAGGAACCAGCCCGAUGGAAGAUGCUGUUGGCAAAGAACUAAAGAGACUGAGUAAGAUUUCGGCGGGAAGUGGGGUCAGUGGUGUGGCUAUUGUUGUCACAUCAGAUGAACCUGAUUCCGACUUUGGUGAAGGUUCUGACGAUGACGCCGAUGAUCAGAGGUGGACCAGAGAGGAGAAGGGCAAGGGAAGGGCGCCUCGUUCUGUGGGAAGUGGUAAUGGGAGUAUGGCUGAACGCAGCGGAAGCGACGCACGCCUUGGAAACUACAAGGAACACCAUCGUUCGGGGAGCGGAAUGAGUAGAGUUAGUGGGUGGUCUUUGGGAGAUCAGAGUGGUGGAACUGGCAGCGGUAGUGAGGGGGGAGAUGAUGAUUCGAGGGAACUGCUUAAGGGUGUUGAUCAGACUAAAAAGCGGAAGCUGAAGUCUCAGGUGGCUCCUAAAGGAGUGUUGGUGCACGAGGGAGAUGGGAGGUACGACUUCGUUUAUCGUAUGCGCCGUACUCCAGACGAGACACCCAUCCUAGUUCCACAGUAUACGUUCUCCUCUGAAUCCUCCUUCCCCAACCGCAACGCCCUUACUUUGCCGAUACCUGCCAAGAUCUCGUCCCCUAACCUUCGCGGUGCGGAUCACAUCCCUCUCGCCACACGCUACGGAAGUUCUCCUAUUACUAAGCCCGAGGGAGCUGUUGUCCGAUCUCCCGAUUUAAACGAUUCCUACUAUGGUGCUGUGAUACGGGGUGGCCAGGCCGACGAUUCUCCUGCUCACUCUGCAAGAUACUCUGGAUCGCACAAGUCUAUUUCUCAGUCUAUGAGUGAUAGCCAGAUGGGGGAACUGAUCCAUCCCGCCCACAGGCAAGCUUCGCGUGGGGGGAGGGAUAGGGGUGUGGUUUCUAUGGGAAGUCUGGAGGGUAUCGUGGGGAUUGGUUUGAGACCGAUGCCCUCCCCAGGGCUUUCUGGAGGUAAAUUCGUCGGUAGUAGUUUGGCCGAUACCAGUGAUAUAGGCCAUCCACUCGAAGAUACUACUGCUAAGAGCAGUAUCAAUCAGAAGAGAGUCCGAAUGAGCGCCAACCUCGACGAAAUUGCUCCUGCCCCUCAGCAUUACUUUGAGCGCGAGCCUGAAGUUCGGAAAAAGCGGAGGAGUUAUCUUCCCCCCGCCCUGGGCCCACGCCCUAUGAGACCGAAGGACUUGCGUAGGAGCAUGACUCCGCAUCUUUAUGCCCCUAGACCACUUGGCGAUUCCUGGAAAGAUCUUGCUGACAUUGAGAGCUUGCCUGAUAACGAACAGACCCUCGAAUAUAGGAAGAGGGAAAGGAGGGUUGGGAGACUCCUCCUGGUAUUUUGCAUGCUCUUCCCUCCGCUUCUCUUGGUGGUUGCUUGGGGAGGAUUCGAUGUUACGGUUGAAGGGUGGACUUCUGGUCAACUUAAGGGUGUCGGAAGGGUGGAAAAGAGAAUUGCGGCCUGGGUCGGUGGUACCUUUGCAGUCUGUGUGGUCGCCGGUAUUAUUGCUGGCGCGGUGGUGGUUUCCAUUUAG